AUGGCUUCCGCACAACCCGCCAUGCACCACGACGAGAUGCUCGAGAAGCAACACAUAUCGCAUAAUGAAGACAUUAGCUCCCAAGAUGGUUCCGGAUAUGAGUGCGAGUUCAGUGAGCGAGAGCAGAAGAAAAUCAUCCAUCGCAUUGAUCGACGUCUCGUGGUGACUGUCGGUGUGCUGUACUGCAUCAGUCUGAUGGACCGAACCAAUCUGAGUGCUGCCGCUAUUGCUGGUAUGACCGUGGAUCUAAAGCUCAAUGUACUGCAGGGUACCAUUUCGCAUUACUCGAUUGUCACCAUUGUUUUUUUCGCUUCUUAUAUCGUCUUCCAGCCUCCGGCCACUGUCAUUUGCCGAUAUCUCGGACCACGAAACUUCCUUUCUGUCAUUGUGAUAUUAUGGGGCGGCGUCAUGAUUGGCAUGGGCUUUGCCGACAGUUACGGUACAAUGGCCGCGCUACGAGUGGUCCUCGGCGUACUUGAAGCUGGCUUUUUCCCAAGCUGUGUCUACCUGCUGUCGACAUGGUACACUCGAUUCGACAUCGGAAAGCGGUACUCGUGCUUUUAUAUCCUUGGAAGUCUGGCCUCUGCUUGCGCCGGUAUUCUCGCUUACGGAUUGAUGCAACUCAAGGGACGUCAGGGACUCAAUGGAUGGCGCUGGAUCUUCAUCAUUGAAGGAGCGCUCACCUGUUUUCUUGGAAUAGUUGGCUACUGGGCCCUUGUUGACUUCCCGGACAAGGCUCACAAGAGCUGGAAGUUCUUGACCGAGCGGGAAGCCAUGUACAUCAUUGAUCGCGUCAACCGGGACCGUGGAGAUGCGAAACCAGAGCCGUGGUCUCUAGCUAAGUUCUUCCACGGUGGAACUGAUAUCAAGAUCUGGGGAUUCGCUCUGAUUUUCUUCAACACCACUACAGUGACCUACGCCUUGGCCUACUUCCUUCCCAUCAUCCUGACAGAAAACAUGGGCUUCGACGUCGGCGCGGCCCAGUGUCUCGUUGCACCACCAUACGCUCUUGCUGCGAUCGUCAUGUAUGCCACCGGUUGGGCUGGUGACAAGUACCACAUUCGUGGACCCAUCAUCCUCUUCAACAUGGUUCUUUGCCUCAUCGGACUUCCCAUCAUGGGUUUCCACAAGGAUGCGAGCGUUCGCUACUUCGGUGUCUUCCUUACGACUGCUGGCGCAAACAGCAACAUUCCCGCGACUAUGUCGUACCAGGCGAACAACAUCAGGGGCCAGUGGAAGCGCGCAUUCUGCUCGGCUAUCUUGGUCGGCAUGGGAGGCGUCGGUGGUAUCGCCGGAGGACUCGUAUUCAGGACCCAAGAUAAGCCCGGAUACGAGCCAGGACUAUAUGCCUGCAUCGCCUGCUGCCUUCUCACAAUUGUUAUCGUCUGUCUCGUCACACUGCGGUCAUGGAGCUUGAACAAGCGCGCCGAUCGGGGUGAGAUUGAGCUGGAAUACAACGAUGAUGGUGAUCAGAAGGGCUUCAGGUAUACAUACUGAGGGGUAAAUAGGCAAACUUAUGAUAUUUAUGAGCGAUGGAUCAAGGCAUGUCGUCGGACUAGUGCCAUGAUAUAGCCUUGUGUAACGACUCUUCAUAGUGCCUGAUAUAGCGAUGAUAUGAUCCAAUCGCUUACCUUUG